CGACUUCCUGGACUUACAUAUGCAGCUUCAUUGUUAUUUUCCCUCCCCUCCUAUUUUAUUCAAUUUAUCCAUUUAUUUAUUUAUUUUGGAAGUGGUGAAAUGCCUUGGCUACAGUAGGAUGCGUUCGUAAGGAGAGAGGGAGAGACAUGGAUUUACGAUUUUCAUUUGUUUAAUUACAGCAAGAGAUCCCCGCCGAUGAAACACCAUGGAGUGACUGACGCGCUGUAUUAAAAGGGGGGAGAGAGACCCUUUUUUAAAAAUCAUUAUUAUUUCUUUUGGAGCCCCUCGGCGAUCGGUCUUAUUUUCUCUCCGUCAGCGGCUGGUAGGGGAGGCGGAGAGAGAGCCGCGGUGGAGGGCGGCGUAUUAACGCUGCAGCGUGCAGAAAUAAUUCCUUUCAUUUAUUAUAUUUUUUUUAUAUCUGCUUUCUCAUCACUAUAUUCUCUUUUCCCUGGAAUGAAACGGGUCUUUUGGUUUUGCGAUCAGGCUCCUCCAACUUGUGCUUCACUGCAGCAUUUUACGUCUCUUCCCUCCGAUGCAGAUGAUAGGGAGAACCAUAACAGCGGCACCUUUCCACUGCAAUUUUUGGGGGCAAAGAUAAAUUUGCGUCGUCUUAUGGCAGAAUAGAGACGAAGGGGAGGAGGUCCACGAUUCCUUCCUUUAAAAAAACAAAACAAAAAAACAUUUACAAUGCCUUAUUAUUAGCGGGAAGCAGUGACUGGAUUUAAAAGCCAGCGUCAUCCCCGUUGCAAAAGCUGCUGUUUACCCGCUGAAAAGCAUUUGGGGGAAAAAGCAGCGGAUCCCGAUGGCAUGGACACUUAUGCAAGGUCCGCCGCGCUGCCGUGCUACUGCUGGAGCCUACUCGCUUUCUCUUCCUUCAACCCAGGUCCACCGCCAUCGCCCUGCAGCCCAGAGUGCCCUGCCGCAACGCGACCAGCCCCCACCGAGCCAAAGCAGGCGGCAUGAGGCUUGAUCCGGUGCAUCUAUCCAUGCUGCUCAUCGGGGUCUCAUUCGCCUGCUACUCCCCGAGUCUGAAUUCCCUACAGGACCAGGCUUACAGGUCCGCUGUGGUGAUCGAGGGUAAGGUGCAGUCCACGCCUGCGGGGAACACGUCCGCGGAUCCGUACCGUGUGAGUGUCAAAGUGCUGGAGGUCUGGCCCCUGAACAGCGGCGGUCUGGUGCGAGAGCAGCUAGUCACUGUGGGGGAGUUCGGAUCUGAGGCGCAGUGCGCCAAAGUAAAGAAGAACCACAAGUACAUUUUUUUCAUGGACCCCACGGACGAGCCCUUGGUUUUCAAGGCAUCGUUCGCGCCCCUUGACACGAGUGGGAAGAACCUAAAGAAGGAUGUUGGGAGGAUCUUGUGUGAGGACUGCGUAGCUGCUGCUCCAAAGUUAAAACCAAUCAAGAAUCCGAUAAUCGUGAGUGAGGGAAGCAGGCUUACGGUGAAGUGUGAGGCCACAGGCAACCCUGACCCUUCCUACAGAUGGUUCAAAGAUGGCAGCGAGCUUGAAAAAAAAAAAAUUAAAACCCCCCGCAACAAGAAAUCCUCCAAAGUCCUGAUCAAGAAAGCGAAACUGGGGGAUUCUGGGAAUUACACUUGUGUGGUGGAGAACCCUCUGGGGAAGGACAACUCCACUGGCACCGUUAACGUCCAAAGCAUAACCACAACGCUAUCUCCAGACUCAGGCCACACCAGAGGGUGCAACAAAACACAGCAGGCCUACUGUGUAAAUGGUGGCGAGUGUUUUUUCGUCGAUAAUCUAAAUGAGAUUGCCUGCAGGUGUCCAAAUGACUUUACUGGUGAUCGCUGUCAAACCUACGUUAUGGCCAGUUUCUACCAGCAUCUUGGGAUUGAAUAUAUGGAGGCAGAGGAACUCUACCAGAAACGAGUCCUGACAAUCACGGGUAUUUGUGUGGCUCUGUUGGUGGUGGGCAUCUUGUGUGUGGUUGCCUACUGUAAAACCAAGAAACAAAGAAAGAAGAUGCACAAUCAUAUGCGACAGAACAUGUGCCCUGAACAUCCCAACCGAAACCUUGCUAAUGGACCUAAUCACCCAGGACCCGGCCCAGAGGAAAUCCCUAUGGUAGAUUACAUAUCAAAGAAUGUCCCUGCAACUGAGCGAGUCACACGGCCAGCAACAGAGCGCUCAUUCCCAGCCAGUCAUGCCUCUUCCAGAUCUCACAACUCUUCCACGCGAGCCCACUCAUCAACUCAAAGACACGAGGAACGGACAUGGAGCCUGGAUCGGUCUGAAAGUUUCCUCUCUGACUCGCCGGGAAUGAUGUCAUCUUCUGUGGGGACCAGUAAAUGCAGCAGCCCUGCAUGCAUGGAGGCACGGGCGCGGCGAGCUGCUCACUGUGGUUACUCUGAUCCCCAUCGGCCAGGGCUGCAGUAUGGAGACUCGUUCGACUCGCUGGGAGACUCUCCGCACAGCGACAGGUACGUGUCAGCCCUGACAACACCAGCCCGCCUGUCCCCGGUGGAUUUCCAUUACUCAUUGCCCCCCCAGGUGCCUACCUUUCAGAUAACAUCUCCCAAUGCCAGCCAUGCCAUGUCCCUCCCUCCUGCUGUCCACAACCCCUAUCCUUUGGAGGAUGACCAGCCUCUGCUGCGCCGCUACCAGGUGCCCCUACAUGAUGCCCAGUGCCAGGAGCCCUACCGGCAGCAGCGCCGCACCUACCUAAAGGACAGCAGGGGCAGCCUGCCCUCCAGCCCCUACCGGCUGGCUGAGGAAGAAGACUAUGAGACCACCCAGGAGUACCUCUCCUCUCGGGAGCAACCAAAGACAAGUGGGUCCGGUGAAACUGGUAGCCGGCGCUGGAGGAGAUCCAGACUGAACGGCCACGUGGCCCCGCGUGGAUACGAGGCGUCUCGAGACUACGGCUCUCGAAGCUGCCUAACAGAAAGCGAGUCAGAGGAGGAUGGUGAGAACACUCCCUUCCUCAGUAUGCAGAACAUGAACGCCGAGCCCUCCACCAUCUACAGGCCGGUGGACAGUCGGACUUCUCACUCAUCAGGGUGGCACAGUGGGCGUGGCAACAUGCAUACAAGACUCACACAGCCACGCUCCAAACCGGACAGUACGCCCCAUUAAAGCGUGUGAUGAACCAACAAGAACCAAUAUCGUACAGACCUGCAUCUAUAAGAAAUAUUUUAUUUUAUAUAACUGACAGAUAUUCUAAACAAAUGAAUAUUUAUUUUCAUUUUAGCAAAAGUUGUCUACUAGUUAACAGCAAAGAUUUUUUAUAGGGAAAACUCUAUUUAUAUGUACAUUUUGAUUUACAGCAUAAAAAAGAUGUGCCAGUUUUUUCACAACGUAAAAAAAAAAAAAAAAUAGAGUAAUAUUGUGGUGCCUUUUGCUGUUUGCCGAACCCAGAGGGGCCAGUGGAGGUUUUUGUAGCCUUUCUUAUAUGGACGCCUCAUUUUUUAUACACAUUUAUGUUUUUUGUUCUGUCAGAUUUUUUUUCCUCUUGUCUCACUUUCUUUCCAAAAAAAAGGCAUUCUUUAAGAAGUCUGUCCCCACUGCAGCAUAAAUCCCUUUCCAUGUCACGCAAUAUAAACCACUUCAACAUAAAGUGUCUGUUUACAUUAAUGUAAUUCGUCCAGUAGGGGUGGUGUUUGGGAUGUAACAGAACUCCUCAUAAAUAUAACGUAGAAUAUUUCUACCCUCUGACUGAUGCGUCCUCUUGAGAGAUGAGGAAAGAAGAGAGUUGUGUUUGAGUUGAGUAUGGGUACAGAUUGUUAUGUGUGGAUGUGCGUGUGUGUGCAAAACUUCUCUGGAAACAGGGGAGCUACCCCACAGCACUCUCUCUCCUCUUGUGUAGGUGGACAGGUAAGGCUGGGUUCUGCCACGCAGGUCAUUGCCUAAUGAUGUGUUUACAACUAUGUGGCCCCAGGCUCACCCCUAUUCUGUCCUAUUAUAAUUUCCUUGUGGCUUUUUUCUUCACGUUAGCCUUGUACAAGGCUAUCAAGCACUUAGCUGUUGGGCACAGAUGGGGGAUACCUAUAUUGGAGACCAAAACAAAAGAUAUCAUCUGUUUCCACUCAAAGCCACUUCUCCUCUCACAUCUCAUUAUCAUUCUGUUUCCAUUCUGUUUUUCGUGGCUCAUGUUAAAGGUCACACAGUGUCUCAGGAUUUCCACAUAUCCCCCCUUCACCCUGCACCCACUUCCACCUCUCGUCAUCCCACUUUCUUGAAUAAGGUCUACCUUAUAGACGACGGUUCUUGGAAGGUGAGGACCUGGAGGUAACCACACAGUCUACCGGUUCCCUGAACACUCCCCCGCAAAGAAAAGGAAAGCCAGGUGGAGCUCUUUUGGAGGAGCGUAAAGACAAUGUAGAGAAAUAGCUGUGAAAACUACGGAGGAUCAUACGAUGCAAAAAUAUGCAAACUUUAUAUUUUGCUGUUUGAUUACAUCAUUUUCUAAGAGGUGACUGUAGUUUGCUGUGUGUGCAAAAAAAACUCUGUAAUGCCUGUAGUGUAGAAUGAGACAAAUGGGUACCUAUCUGAGUUUUUCUUUUUAAAGCCAUUAUGCAGAGAUCUA